AUGGCAUCAAAAUUGAACAGCAAAACCGACGUUAUACUGUUGUUGUAUAAUUUUACAGUGAUUGUUGUUGCUUGUGCGGUUUUAAUUGUAGGUUUCGCGAAGUUAUGGAAAUGGCUGACAACGAGAGCCGAUAUGUUUGAUCGCAUAGUUAUAGGAGUAGCCUAUGGUCUCAUAGAAAAAUUAGAUUUGACUAUUAUUCGUACACGAAUGAGGUCAAGACCAAGAACACUUUCUAAUUUCGUCGACGGAUACCGUAAUAUUGGUUAUGUACUCAUGGAACUGGAUAAGCCACGAAAUCAAGCUUAUGAGGAAGCAGCAAAGCAAGUAUUCCUUUCUUCUUCUCCGAAACAAGGUUCAAAUACUGUGACUUGGUUAGAUAUUGGAACUGGUCCGCGCAUGUUUUUAAGUCAAAUGCUAUUAAAAAAUCCCACAACUAAACACGUUCAUGCAGUGGAAGCUAAUACAAAUUCAUACGAGCAAGCCACAAAUUUGCAACAAGCUACAGCUAUUCUGAAGGAAAAAAUUACAUUACAUCAAGGAUUUUCUAGUAGUAUUGACUGGGGUAAAUGUGAUUCCGCCCCAACUGCUAUUAUUCAUGAUGUACUCGGUACAAUAAGUACUGACGAAGGCUGCCUAAAAAUACUCCGCGAAACCAUGGCAACAUUUAAAAAUGUUUCACUAUGCAUUCCUCAUGAAUUUGGUACUCUUUGUAUUCCUGUAUCACGUCCUAAAGUAGGGCUCCUAUCGUCAAUAUUUUCUAGAUUAUUCAGUGGUACUCCGAAUAUUAGUGAUGGCAUAGGUGUACAACUACUGUUCAAUCCACCUAAAAAGGUCACAUUAUGCACAUCAGCACAAUUUGUCGAAAGAUUUGAAUGGACAAAUAUUCCAGCUGAUGAUCUCCUAUCAAAAACAAUUCAGUUUACUGCUGAAAACAUCCAUGAGACAGAAUUUGCAGGCUUUUAUCUUGCUGCGUAUGUGUUAACAGCAAAAAAUCUUGAAGACGGCAAAGGUAUUAUUAAUGGGUUUACACAAAACACAAACUGGGGAGUUAAAUAUGUUAGCUUGGUGGACAAUUCAAACAAAAUUAAAGUGAAAAAAGGCGAUAAAAUAGAACUUUGUUUCGAAACCGAUCUUACUCACGGGUUCCCAAUCUAUCGAUUUAAAGCUUCUGUCAAUGAUAUUCAUCUGCCCGUACUCGAAAUUUGA